UUGCGUUAUUUAGAGAGAAAAUUAACUUGUUCAAAUUCUUAAUUACCCUGUGGAAUUAUAGGGUCCACCAAGAUUGAGUUGAACAACUCUAUUAUUUUUUUAACUAUUGGAUAUGCUAUUAAGAUCCAUUUUGCACAUCAACUAGAGAGUUUUUUUAUUAUUUUCUUAUAUAAAUUUAAAUUGUGCUACAAGUGAAGAGUUGGAAACAAAAGAUGGCAGGUUUGGGAAUAUGGAUGGGUUUCGUUAGCCUGUGUCUUCUGUCUGUAUCAGUAUCAGGUCUGCUCCAACGCCUAGAGCACCCUGUCAAAGCUGAUGGCUCACUUAGCCUUAUGGUCAUUGGAGACUGGGGAAGGAAAGGAACAUACAACCAAUCUCAAGUUGCCACUCAGAUGGGAAGGGUUGCUGCAAAGUUAAAUAUCGACUUUGUGAUAUCCACUGGAGACAAUUUCUACGAUGAUGGAUUGACUGGUAUAGAUGACCCUGCAUUUGAAAUUUCCUUCUCAAAAAUCUACACUGCCAAGAGCCUCCAAAAGCAAUGGUAUAGUGUGUUGGGCAACCAUGACUACAGGGGUGAUGUUGAAGCUCAAUUGAAUCCAAUCCUUCAGAAAAUUGAUCCUAGAUGGAUCUGCCAAAGAUCAUUUAUUGUUGAUACUGAAAUUGCUGAGUUCUUCUUCAUUGAUUCAACACCUUUUGUGGACAAGUAUUUUCUUAAGCCAAAGGACCACAAGUAUGACUGGAGAGGAGUGCUUCCAAGGGAAAAAUAUUUAUCAAAGCUCUUGAAGGAUCUGGAAAUAGCAUUGAAGGAUUCUACUGCCAAGUGGAAGAUUGUUGUGGGGCAUCAUCCUGUAAGAAGCAUAGGACAUCACGGUGACACCAAAGAGCUCAUAAGACAGCUCCUGCCAAUUCUUGAGGAAAAUAAUGUGGAUAUGUACAUUAAUGGGCAUGACCAUUGCUUGGAACACAUAAGUAGCAGAAGCAGUGAUGAGUGUUGUUGCAGCCAAAUCCAAUUCUUAACCAGUGGUGGAGGUUCAAAGGCAUGGAAAGGAGACAUGGAUAAAGAUAAGAAAGAUGGGAUCAAGUUUUACUAUGAUGGACAAGGAUUUAUGUCCGUGGAGCUGGAAGAAACCAAUGCCAAAGUUGUUUAUUUCGAUAUUUAUGGGAAAGUUUUGCAUGUUGUGAAUCUGCCCAAGGGGUUAGGUACUUCUGUCUCUGCCAUAUAGAAGAUGUUUUCGUGUUUCAGUGGUUGCAAAAGGAAACGAUAGUUAUGUUUUUGCAUCCAUUAAUUAUUCCACAAAACAAAACCAACGCUCUGUCUUUAACUCCUUUGUUUUAUUCCAUAUUAAUGAAGUGCGGAGAUGGCUGCUAUUGUAUUAUAUAUGUCUCCAAUUAAUUUUUAA